AUCAGGACUGGGAGUCAGUAAGAGUGGUUGUCGUAAAAGCUGAUCUAUCACUCAUACCAUGUCCACCCAAGUCUCACUUCCAGCCAUCAUGGUGACAAAAUCAGGCUCUAGCCCCAGCCUCCAACCUGCCGACUCCACGACCAACGACCCGGGCUGCAAAACCCCGAGCAACCCCGCUCUCUUGCGGCUCCCAACCAGUCAAAUCUUGGUUGCCUCACUCCGGAGGCGCUCCCUGGCCGGGCCUCUGUUCACCACGCCCUUCAGUGGCAGAGUCUACAGCGGCUUCCCCAGGCGGCCGUCAGCCAGCUCCUCUCUCAUGCCCAUGGGACUCGUGCCGCAGAUUGCAGUCGAGGAUUGCGAUGACCAGAGAAAAAAGAGAUUUAGAUCCAUUGAAGUCGGGUCAUCAUGGGACAGCUUACAACAUUCGGAAGAAAUCCGCCGGACCGGUAUACGCAUGUGCACUGGAGAUGCUCCUUUGCUGCAACUCGAAAGCUCUCCUGGAGUUGAUGAAGUCAUGGUAGACUACUCAACCCCGUUCCCGUCUGCCAUUCACACAUCAAAGAAACCGUCCAAGCGGCCGUCUUUUAAGGCAUCGCCAUUUACGUCCAUUUCUCCGGUAAUGCGUCUGGCUUCUAAGGAAACCAAUGUCAUUUCUGAUAAAUACUGGACGGAGAAUACCCUGGAUGUAAGGCCUCGUGCACCGCUGAGUGCUUCCAUGAGAGCGCAUGCCGGAAGUGUUGAUGACGUCACAUCAACGUCUGCGGAAAUUACUGACGGGGUCAGCAUGAAGGACAUCCAGGACUCCAGCAGACGACAGAAACAAAGAAGCUCAUCAUCUGACGCGACGCGCCCCGUCCAUAUAAUAACAUGUGACUGUGGCAGAGUUCUCCACUUAAGAUGUACGAACCAGCCAUUGGAAAUAACAUCGUACAGUGACUGCCUCAGUGCACUCGAGGCGUCGCCACUUCCUCCUCUCCAAAUCUCGCUGACGGUUCCAAGUCAAGGCCACAAGUUCAAACCUAUAUCUGAAGUAAUCGACGCUGUACUAAAUACUACGGACGAGGGUGCCCAAUUGAAAGGCUGCAAAGAUCUCGGGUAUUACGCUGAUGAAUCCACGGUUGAAGUUAUUCUCAAACGCAAGGACGCCAUCAUCACUUUGAUCAGCGCCCUCAAUGAGAACUGGGAGAGUGUGACAGUCAUGAAGGAAGCAGUGUUGUCGUUGCUCAAGUUUGCGCACACAUCAGCGGCGGGUUGCCGAUACAUUUUAGAGAACGGAGGUUUUGAGGCUCUGCUCAAGGUCAUCAAACAGGACGUAAGUGACCUUGACCUUGACCUUGUAAGUCUCGCCUGCAAGACCAUGAUCUUUGUUUCGAACGGGUUUCAUUGUGAGGAAGAUGACAUGGCCAUCAGCGAAGAGGACAUUUCAGGCCUACUUAAACUGUUAGAGAAUUACCCAAAGGAUGCUGAUAUUCAUUGCUAUGUGAGCGACUUGAUGGGUAUAUGUAUUCAGCAAGUUGAAACCGACGCCAUUUUACACGUGAUCCUUCAAUCUCUUCUGAAGAGUUUGAAAAGCUUCCCAGCAAAUAUCUCUGUGAUCACCAAGGCGUGUCUGACAUUAGGCAGCAUGGCAAGCACAGUAUGCAUGAGCAUCGCAUCGCAUGAUGACUUUGGUACAGUUGAAACUGUCCUGGAGGCGACCAUUCGCCAUUUUGAAGACCCCACUGUGCAGGAAUGUGGGCUCUGGGCGCUCUCGUGCAUCACACAGGAAUGCGAACCCUGCUGCAGUCAUUUCCAUGAACUCACCGGGCUGUCGCACGUGCUGAAGGUCAUGAAGUACUACCCUGAAGACGAGCAGAUCCAAGAGUACUGCGCAUGGAUUGUGGGCAACUCAAUGAGGCAUUUACCAGCCGCCAUCUUGCCGCUCAUGUCUGAUACUCACGUGGUCCAGUUGCUCGUCAACGCGAUGACCAAUCAUGAAGAGAACUUCCACAUGUUCACACAGAUAGCCUUUGUCAUAGAGCAGGCCGCGGCGAACAGCGAUACAUCGAAGCAACUUUUCUUUGAGUUGAAGGGGGUUGAAUGCUUGGUGGAGGGCAUGGCCAUGUUUCAGGAGAGCAGGACCUAUCAGGAGAAUGCUAUCAGUGCGCUGGGGAACCUCGCUCUUGACGAGCAUCUCCGUACAUUAAUCCCACAAGAGGGCGCUGUGCCAGCCAUUGUUGACACCAUGCUGAGAUUUGAAAUGUCUGAAUCCAUUCAGCUGUAUGGAUGCAGUGCAUUGGCUAAUAUUGCUCACCGGGUCACAAACAACAAGAUGUUUAUUGUCAACAAUAAUGGCGUCCAAGCUCUCGUGAACUGCAUCAGGAACUUCAAGGAGAAGCGAGAACUGGUCGUGGGGGCUCUUGGGGCUAUGGCCAACAUCUCUGGACAUGAGGUGUCCAACCUCCGCCUGGUGGAGAGUUCCAGCAUCCCACACAUACUGGCUGCACUGAGGAAAUACCCGGAUGAUAAAACCGUAAUGCACCUCGCCUGUUCCAUUCUGGCCGACCUCGUCUGCGUUUCCGGCAUACCACCGGAGAUCCUGCUCCAGAUGACCGAGUCAAUGAUCACACACCACCACAGAGACGAGGACAAUGAACAACAAGCCCUGGCCACUGCUAUUUGCUUGGAUAAUCUGAAAUACUCAGGUUCGACCGGACUACAGGUGUUCAACCAGGUCCAGGGUCUCGAAGUCGUCCUAAAGUUGAUGCAACGACACCCCAAACACGUGGAGAUCUUGAAGAGUGGAUGUAGACUCAUCACCAUGUUAGUCUUGGAUGGACAUCCAGGCACUCCUGUCAUGGCUGAGGUCAUCAGUUAUGUCAUCAAGAACUUCUCCAACAAUGAAACCUUGGCGCUGUUGGCAUGUGGCGCCCUCUCUUAUCUCGCAGCUGGGGAUGGCUUUUCGACUUUGAAUCUCCUGCCUCACCUCCAGACCAUCAUGGACAUCCACACACAGAAUGAGCGGGUACAAGUGGUCGUCAUGUUGUCCAUCCGGAACAGACUGAUGCACAGACUGGUAUUAGAGGAUAUUGCAUCGACCUUGGUCGUGCAGAUUCUUGGAACGAUGAAGGAAUUCCCCGAGAACAGUGAGAUCCAGGUCAGCGGUUGUGAAAUUCUCGACAUCCUGACAAAGUCUGAAUCCGGCAAAGGAAAAUUGAAGAGUAGCAAUGCGACACCUCUCAUUGUAGAGACAAUGAAGAGGUUCGACAAACUACAACAGAUUCAAGAUAGUGGUAGUCAUAUGAUCAGUGCCUUGAGCGAUGAGUUCAACACCAGACUGUGAGAGACGACAAACAGAGUCGUAUCAUUCACCCUCCCAAAGUUAGCUUCCGAUCUUAAGACCAAAAUGA